CCUAGCUUCUACCCCAGUGAACAUUUCAUAUUGGGAGAAAUCAUCAAAUUCAGCCCGAAAGAUGCCGAGCUGGCAGAGAAAGGGCAUUCGGUGACGAGAAGAUGUGGACGCGCCAAGGAAGACGCCCACUUCCUCAGGUUCACGCACUGGAGGAGGCCAACACAGAGCUGGAGGGGAAAAUCCGAAACUGGUACGAAGCCCGAGGCCCUGGAGCUAUUGCCUUGGGGACGGGCGGUGAUUUCAGUAAAUACGACCCGACGAUCGAAGAACUUCGAAAUAAGAUCAUUUCAGCUACGAUCAAGAACGCCCAGAUGGUCUUGCAGAUCGACAAUGCCCGGCUAGCAGCCGAUGACUUCAGACUGAAGUACGAGGGCGAGCUGGCCCUGCGUCAGAGCGUGGAGGCCGACAUCAACGGGCUGCGCCGCGUGCGGGACGAGCUGACCCUGGCCCGGGCCGACCUGGAGAUGCAGAUUGAGGGCCUGAAUGAAGAGCUGAUCUACCUGAGGAAGAACCAUGAGGAGGAGCUCCAAAGCUUCCAAGCCGGAGGUCCUGGCCAGGUCAGCGUGGAGAUGGAUGCUGCUCCCGGGAUUGACCUCACCAAGCUCCUGAAUGACAUGAGGGGCCGGUACGAAGCGAUGGCUGAGAGGAACCGUAAGGAGGCUGAAGCCUGGUUCAUCGAGAAGAGUGGAGACCUGAGGAAAGAGAUCAGCACCCACAGCGAACAACUCCAGUCGAGCCGGAGUGAGGUCACGGAUCUGCGGCGGACUUUACAGAACCUGGAGAUCGACCUCCAGUCUCAGCUGGCCAUUAAAAAAUCCCUCGAAGACACUCUGGCAGAAACGGAGGGAGGCUUUUGCUCCCAGCUGUCCCAGAUGCAGUACCAGAUUGGCAACGUGGAGGCCCAGCUGACGCAGGUCCGAGCAGACACGGAGCGCCAGAACUCAGAGUAUCGGCAACUGCUCAACAUCAAGGCCAGGCUGGAGAUGGAGAUAGAGACCUACUGCCGCCUGUUGGAGGGGGGACUGGCUGGAGACAGUUCGGAUGAAAACUCGCCCCCGGCAAGCCCAAGAUCCCAGGCUCAGUCCCUUGAUUCUUCCAAAGACUCCACCAAAACCAGAAAAAUCAAAACAAUUGUGGAAGAGGUGGUGGAUGGUAAAGUAGUGUCAUCCCAGAUGCGAGAAGUUGAGGAACAAAUGUAAGGAUCCUGCCGGAACAAGGCUCACCUUCUUCGACCCUGGAGGAGCGGUUCCCAAGAUAUGUUAUUUUCUCAUUCAUUCUGCGAUUAUGAAGCAGGGGUGAUAAAUUGACUAGAAUUCUACCUUGUUAGUUCCUGAUCUCUCAGAGGUUUCGGUUUGCUUUUCAGGGGCCAUUUAGGAAAAACCACAACUACUGUCUUUGAUUUCCCUUUGAUCUGUGAAUCAAUAAAUGCUCUGCUGACAGAC